GUGGCAUAGGCCGCAAACACUGUUGAGUUUGCUUCUCGAGGGAAGCCACAUUGGGAUGAGCUCUGCCGGAGACGAAGAGCACACUGCUGCGAGCGGAGAACAGAUCCGCCCGCCGGUGCAGGACGGCAGCGAUACGGAGCUUGCAAGUUUGCAACUGCAGAUUUCGCAAUUGGCGGCCCUGGUGGAGGAGUCGGUGAAGAAGAAGGAGCCUGGCAGCGUCGUGGCGGAUGCAGCCAGUAGGGGCGGCUGGGUUGCCGCCCCCAGAGGCCAACAGCCCCUGCACCCCUGCAGUCGCACGGCGGAGGCGGGCGAUUUCCCCAGCAGCAACCGAGAGAUGGUGGGCAAGGACCGCGUCAGCUGCUGGAAGGCGGCUGGGCCAGCAGAUCGGGAGCGAAUCCUGCGAGACCAGCCGGAGUGGGCCCGGGCAUAUGACCGGACUACAGGGAAGCGAGGAGGUUAACCCUCCCAGGUGAGAUACCCGUGAUUCGAGGAAAUAUAGAAUUCCUCGACGGCUACAGCAGUAGCCACAUGAAGAGAGCAACAGUCGAUGCCCCGCGUCUCGAAGGGGAGAGUAGCGGCCAUUGGUAUGACUCGUGGAGAAAGUCGCUUAUCCAAGCAGCCAAAACUGAGGACUGGACGGACAAUUGAUCGGCAACAACGAGAGACAUGCACCCGUCGGCAACCCAAACGUGCCAAGCUCAGAGCUGUACCGCCUCCAAUACACCAGCGACGAGGUCCAGAGGGGCCUCCAGCGUUCCAGUUGGUGACCACUGCCAUCGUCAGAGAAGCCGACAAGGCGAUUGUGAAUAAAUGCGAGACUGCA